AUGAACAAUUUGUGGGAUCAAAUUCGACGGUCUCAGGAUGAAGAUGAUGAAGAGAUGAUGGCCACCAACGCCAUUGUCAUCGCUGCAGUCGCAGAAGAAUCUGGAAACCAACACCGAGGGCGCGUUUCUCAUCUGGGUCGUGCACCAAAUGAGGAACGACUUAGAGAAGAAAGGGGCAAAGGUAUGUUGGCCGACUACUUUGUCGACCGGCCAGUGUUCAAAGAUCCGGUGUUCCGAACACGUUACAGGAUGAGUCUCAAUCUCUUCAAGCAUAUAUCUACUGACCUUUGCCAGUAUGAUCGUUACUUUGUUCAAAGGUCAGAUGCUACCGGCAAAGUCGGACUGCUUCCGAAGCAGAAGAUGACAGCUGCCUUGCGAAUGCUUGCUUAUGGUGCAGGGGCAGAUCAAUGUGCUGAGUAUUGUCGGAUGGCGAAAUCCACCUCCGUCGCAGCCUUUCAGCACUUUACACGAGGAAUUGUUGAUCUUUACUCAGCAGAAUACCUCCGCGCUCCUACUGCAGCCGACCUUAGACGACUUCUUGCCAAAGCUGAGAGGAGAGGUUUUCCAGGAAUGAUUAGGAGCAUCGACUGUAUGCAUUGGCAAUGGAAGAAUUGUCCGACAGGUUGGGCUGGAGAAUAUAGUGGUAGGAAACAGAUCCCCACUAUCAUCCUGGAAGCAGUUGCAUCUUACGACACCUGGAUUUGGCACGCAUUCUUUGGAAUGCCCGGGGCAUGCAACGACUUGAACGUCUUGGCAAAGUCUCCGUUGUUUGAUGAGCUUACCGCCGGUAGAGCACCUCUGAUCCAAUUCCAAGAAAUCGAGUUUGCAAAGGCUCAAGAGGGGUAUAGGAAGGAUGUAGAAAGAUGUUUUGGUAUAUUACAGUCACGGUUUGGUAUUGUUAGAGGAGCUGCUCGUGGGUGGCAUAAAGAGGACCUUCGAUACAUCAUGUUGACUUGUAUUAUAUUACACAACAUGAUUGUCGAAAAUGAACGACCUGAAGACAACGAUGAUGAGUUGGAGUCCGAUGAUGAGGAGGAUAACAAUAUGAGGCCUAGGAUUGCUGAGGUAUGGGAGGGACCAACCGAUAGAGACUUUGAUCCUGUUGGUAGAGAUGCUCAUCAUAUGAACGGAUUCAUGGACCGCUACCAACAAAUUAGAUCUGAGCACAGUCACUCCAACCUUCAGGAAGACCUCAUUCAACACUUUUGGGAAUUUCAAGGCAAUAAGAGUAUCUAG